GAAUUGGUCAGAAAAUAAGUGUACACAGAGACAGCAGGGCACAGACAGAGACACAGAGAGACACAGACAGCACCAGCUCCAAGGGAAGAAAGGAGGCACCGAGAGGAACAAUAAGUCUUCAAAAACAGAUCUCAUAGAUCCAGCUAUACAGGAGAUCAAACCCAGGAUUUUGCUAAAAGAGGGAGUUUGUCCCUCAGUCAUGUUUCCCCCUGACUCUUCCUGGAACAUUUCCUUUGCUGGCUGUGGCUUCCUGGGGAUCUAUCACAUUGGAGUGGCCAGCUGCCUGAAGGAACAUGCGCCUUUCCUGGUAGAGAAUGCUAAGAACAUCUAUGGAGCGUCUGCUGGAGCCCUCACUGCUACUGCCCUGGUCAGUGGAGCCUGCCUGGGUGAAUCUGGAGCAAACAUCAUCGAGGUAUCCAAAGAGGCCAGAAAGCGGUUCUUGGGGCCUCUACACCCAUCCUUUAACCUAGUUAAGAUAAUCCGGAGCUGUCUGUACAAAACCCUUCCAGAUGACGCACACAUUCAUGCCACGGGGCGGCUUGGGAUAUCUCUAACUCGCGUAUCUGAUGGGGAGAAUGUUCUACUGUCACAGUUCAACACAAAGGAAGAGCUCAUACAGGCCUGCGUCUGCAGUACUUUCAUACCUGUAUAUUGUGGACUCAUCCCUCCAUGCCUGCAAGGUGUUAGGUAUGUGGACGGAGGUAUUUCGGACAAUCUACCCCAGUAUGAACUGAAAAACACCAUCACAGUGUCCCCCUUUUCUGGGGAAAGUGACAUUUGUCCCAGAGAUGGGAGCACCAAUAUUCAUGAGCUCCGUGUUACCAACACCAGCAUCCAGUUUAACCUGUCCAAUCUGUACCGGCUAUCAAAGGCUUUAUUCCCACCUGAGCCCGAGGUAUUGAAAGACAUGUGCAAACAGGGAUACAGAGAUGCUCUUAAUUUCUUAAAAAGAAAUGGGCUUCUAAACCGACCACAACCUAUGAGAUCACUUGCACUUCCUGCUCCUGAAAUUCAACCCAAUGAGAAUGAAGAAAGCAAUGAUGAGGAGGAGCGACCAUCAGAGAGUGUGGUAGUAGAGGCAGCUGAGGAUCAUAUAUUUGAGCACCUGCCACAGAGACUUAACCAGGCUCUCCUAGAAGCCUGCACUGAGAAGCGCAGCAUGUAUCUCUCGAUAACCAACCUCCUACCUGUUCGCUUGGCAUCAGUCAUGAUGCUUCCGUAUACUCUGCCUCUGGAAUCUGCCGUAUCCUUCGCAGUUCGACUGCUGGAGUGGCUUCCUGACAUUCCUGAAGACAUACGCUGGUUAAAAGAUCACACGCGGAAAGUUUGUCACUUCAUCCUGAGGAAGGCCAUGACAAGUGUAGGGAGCAACAUAUCAGCAAGGUUAUAUUACCAUCUGGAGCUGAGACGAGUUCAGAGUCUACCAGUUAAUUUCGUCAUUCGAUCCAGUGAGUCUUUGCCCAGAUGGGUGAGAAGCAGCACCUCUCUUAUGGACCUGAUGCAAAAAUGGGAUGAAUAUCAAAGACAACUGAUGCCUGGACUCUUCUGCAUUAAUCUUAACAUGAAGGCUUCUCUGUACCAUCAUGAAGAGCCAGAACUCCCUCAACUUCCCAUGGACCCUGAUAGCCUAAUAAUGGUGGAGGUGGCUUAAGAUCGGAAUUAUGCUGUUCAUCUCAGUGACUGAGGCCUAGAACACCUCUUAUAAUAACCAUAGUUGGCUGUUUUAUACAUAAAUUUCAGUUGAAUCAAGUCUAGCAAGAUGGCACAUGUCAUCUUUAGGAGAACAACUAGGACAAUGGCCAAUUUUGGGUCUAUUAAGGUAGCAACUGCCUUCUUUGGACGUACGUUCUGAUGGAAGGGUUGGCGGUGUUACCUAUAACAUCUCAUGAUGAUCAUGGUGUAGUGGACCCAACAACUCUUGCAAUAGUAAAUAUGCCUGUGGAAUAUAUAUACCUAAAUAAUAAUUUUUUCUUAAGAGCUUUUCAAGGAUUCUGAAACCACUGUAAGAAACUAUGAAUAUUCAUUUGAAGACCUUGUGGGACCAGUUAGGAUUUCCACCUCUUGAGUACUGGGGCACUCUGGGGAUUUUUUUUUCACUAUUUCAAUUAUUGACAAACUGUUACCUUACAGAAUUAAAGAUCAGCCUGUUCAACAUAGCUCAGAGCUGAUGACAUUCACUUAGACGAAGACAAUGCAAGAUAAAAACACAUUUAUAUUUUAGUUUUGAUGUUAGGACACCAUCAAAAUGAAACUAGUGAGGAGCCAAAACCUUCAACUGUAUUAUGUAAUUAUGUGCAAUAAUGUAAAUUAUUAUCUCUGCUUCUGCCAAUGUUUUUUCCUUAAUAGCACCAUUGCUCCAGGUUAACCUGUUUCUCCUGUAGAACUAUUUUUUUCCCCCAUGGCACUCUGCAUAAAUAUGUCUAUUUUUGAUAUAUUGCAUUAUAUAUUCACAAUAAUGUUAUGGUGCUGUGUGUUCUUACUAAAAAUAUAAAAUGCUGUGGUAAAGUAAAAUUUACUUAUGGAUAAGGUUAUUGAAACGUUGAUUAUAGACAAUUGAAAAUGAUAAGGAAAUUAAGUGCAUCAUUUUCUUUGAUUUAUAAAGUUCUAUAAUAUUGUGUUAAGUAAUGCUCAAUGCAGGUUCACAGUGUGGCAGACUAAACCUAUACUAUUAUUCUAUAAUAUUGCUGUACUACAAGCUCUUAAAAUAUGUGUAACAUUUUCCAUUAUUUUUCACAUUUUAAAAUGGCACGUACUGUUUUUCAGCAAACCAGCUGUUUGGUUUUCCUUUCUUUUUUUUUUCCUUUAUGUUAAAAACACGCAUGUGGCAAAAUGCACAAAGGAAAGUAAUUAUAUAAGCACGUCACAUAUCAACCGCUGUUCAUCAUAGAAGCAAAAUAUCACAUUGGCAGGGUGUAGGGUCUCUGCAGAAAAUGCGAACCUCUGCAAGUGACUCUUCUGUCUUAAGGCUGACAAUGUAUCAUGGUAGUUGUAGUUAUUCAUCCGCUACCUUUUGGUCAUCCGAGCUCUAAACAAUAAUCGGUCAUGGCAGGUUCACUUUAACUGAAAUUGCCCCGAUAUGCAUUGAAUAUAUAAUUUAUAUAAAAAGUCCCAUCCCACGUCUUAAUCAAUUCCUCGAAGAUAAAUCGGUUGUUUCUCCCAUUCUACAAACACAAUAUACAGGUGGGAUUUAAUGUACUCUUACAUUAAAUGUGUGCUGUGACAGCUACACUGUAAAUACAUGUUUCAUUACAUGAUCAAAGGAAGCCGUGAAAUGUGUUUAGUAACUAGUGAAAAUGAAGGGUUCAUGUGAAUGCGAUGGGAUUAAAGGAACACUCCCCUGCAAAGCUCAAGUCAUAAAUGUGCUGAUUUCAAAAGAAAUCAACCCUUUUUAAUAAACCACUUUAGUGUGGUUUUAUUUUUACCUGCUUUAUUUGCUUUACACUAUAGUUUAGAGCAAAGCCGAAUGCUUCUCCUAGAGAAACCUUGAAGCAUUGUAGUGCGUGCAUGCGCGCCCUAUGUCCCUAUCCUUUUCCUUGAGAAGUUUUGGAUUAAACAAAGAUCAUCAGGACUGAUUAUAUCAUCAUAGGCCGACUGUCCUGCAGCGAGAAUGUCUUCGCAUUGCAAUAAAGGUAAAGGAAGUUUAACUCCUCCCUCACCCCCUUCCCCCCUCAC